AUGGGCUACCUUGUAAGCGCUGAGAUCCCAAAGUCGAAGCAGUGCAAGCAGAUUGUGUGUCUGCAUUGCGUCAACAAUCUGCUUGGCGUGGUUGGCGACAGCGCUGACGGGUUGUCGGUCACUCUAAGUGGUAGGAAGGACGGCGGGCGAGAGGCGACUCUCAUGGAGCGGCAGACAAGGGAUGGGGCAUGGACUCAGACUCUGAAGCUCACCGACGAGUUGAUCGCCUUUCUUCAUCGAGAGAACGCUAGGACAGUAUCGGGACAGCGGCAGAUCUCUACGGCGGCAACUCAAAUAGGCAGCCGAGGCAUGGCCAAGGGGGUGCGGCCGAGAGCAGGCGGAGGUGCUUCCAACGAGGUGGUCGAUCAGGGGGCGUUGAGCGUCAAGGAACAAGCCAUGCGCUACCUGAAGCUGAUGAUAUGCCCCGAGGAGUCGGCUCGCAUGUACCUGCCGACGGGCUCCGCAUCGCCGCCGCUCAGAUUGUACAUGACUAGUUGGGAUCACAACGGAGAGGGCCGCUUGAAAGGGCUGGGAAAGCCUGACAAGGUCCACGGGCUGCCAGAGAGUGUGUGGUGGAACGCGCUCGGCAAGCUCUGCUGCACAUGCAAUCGGGGGAGAUUGAUGGAGGACGCGCCAUGCGUCCAUAAGCUGGCAAUGGCGGCCCUCAGCGAAAGCUGGGUUCAUACCGCGGAGCUACCCACGUGCGAGUCGCUCGGCAGAGGGGCAAGGCUCGAGCGGAUAGGGUCGGACGCGACGGGCAGCUACUUUGCGGUCGCCGACAACCUCCAAGGGGCGUUGGGGCCUCAGAGGCGCAUGCUAUUCCGCAGCUGCAAGGGGGUGUGGUACUGCGAAGGGAGAAGAGACGGAUGCGCGAGCCUCACCGACUGCUCGCACGUCUCGGCGGCAAAGGCGGCCAUGAGGUCGGAUCAUGAAGGGGCCGUCGCCAUGGCCGAUCGACUGAUCCUCAGUCCUUUGGAGCCCUUCUCAAGGGCUUCGCUAAGCUGGCUUGAGCGAUGGGAGGGGGGCUUGCCCGAGAUUGGGGAGGUGCCUGCCGCGGUCCCCCCCUUACAAGGGGGGAGUGAUGGGGGGUUGAAAAGUGAGGAGCGGUAUCUAGUCGGUCUUCUCGAGAAGCGUCCCCACGAGCCGGCCAAGUGCGCUGGCGACUCAUGCUUUUGCCGCCAACACGAGCGCUUGUUUGGAGAGGCUGCCGCUCAACCCAUGGUGGAAAGUCGGAUCGAGAGAGACGUGGAGCAGGGGGGUGCAGGAGAGGUGCACCCUCGCAAGAGGGCGAGGAGGAGCAAGGCGUUGUGGGCGGCGCAUAGAGGGAGCCAGCACACGGAGGCGCCGGCCGGUUGGGAUUCAAAACCGCCGGCGGACGCAAGGGGCAAGGUGGCAAUCCGAGGUUGGGUAGACGCGUGCGCUAGCUGCACGUUGGCAUCGUUGGCUCGAGACGGGCGAUGCGAGCAUGGGGAAGUUUCAAGGGUGCGCGUCCCCGUCAUGUUGCUCACCACGGAGGCAACUCAGGUCACGAAGCCCAAGCUAGCGAGACUGAGCGACGCGGUCGAGUUCCACGACCCGCUCGUGACCUCGCUGGAGCGUCCCGUUCGCGUGAGCAAGUUGCGAGAUUGCCACCUCGAGGAGCUUUCGGAGAAGGGGCUGCUGAGCGCUCCGUGCCCGUUGGAGGCCCCUCGGUGCGGCGGGGCAUGGGAAGAGGCGUGGGUCGCGGCGGCCGUGACGGCGUCGUCGUGGAGCCAGCAAGUGCGGGUUCGGAUCUACCACUGCCGAUGCUUGGACGAGGCGCAUGCCGUUCACUUUGACGGCGAGCACCUCGGGCUGUACGCGUGGAACCGAAGGACGAUCUUCGUCCAAGAGAGUCUCCAAUUGUUGCUUCGAGGCAUGCAACACGGCCAUUCCUUCAAGGCGGAGCUCGCAACGUCUCAGGCGGCCUUCCAGCGCUCACCCGACGCCAUCGUUUUGAGCGAGGAGACGUGGCGCCGAGCGAGCCUCGACUACUUCAAGCUCGUUGGGCUGGGAAUUCGGGAUUGCUGCUCGCUAUGCGGGCCCCAUCCUAAGGUACUCCUCUGUGACGGGAUUGUCGGUUUGGCAAGCACGGACGGCGCAAAGAAGCCGGGCGGUCUCGGGAGCGGUGCCCUUGAUGCGAGGCGCACCUUCUGCCAUCCGAGCCGACACUCGAACGGAGAGAUCCUCGAGAAGCGCUCCAUCUCGGGGCGCGACUUCUGCGGCGCGGGUCUAGACGGGGGCGGAAUGAAGCGCAAGCUUUUGCUCCAGCCCGAGCUGCGAGAGGCGCUUGCACGCCUUUCACAGCACCGACCAAAAGACGAGAAGCUCGGACAGCGGCUGUCGAAGGCCGAGUUUGGAGCUCUUCUCGACGGACUCGCACACGAGGACCCCCAAAUCGUGAAGCGCUUUGGGCCCAAUCAGGACGAAGGUCCGCUUGCGGAGGACGGCAGAAGGCGGCUCCUCAAGGAGCAGCAGACGAUGGUCCGAGAUCGGAACCUUGCCGUUUUCGAGCUGCUGACGGGCAUCCAAGAGGACUUUGAGAGGCGAGGACGCAAUGUGUGA